CGGUCAUUGCGCGACCUGCUACGCGCACCUCCACGCGCGCCGAACGCCGAUCGAAACGAAUUUAUGACAGAAACAUAAACGAGUGUCAGUGUUGUGUGUGACUACCGUAGGAUUUGGGUUGCGGACGUCGGCCGUAGUUAAGUUAUUCCGUUAUUUAGUGUGAACAAUGAAACUUUUGCACGCAUUCCAUAAUUAAUCUAUCAUGUGACCGCACGGUGGUCAGUUUAUAACCUGAAGUAGGAGUGAUGGUGAUCAAUAAUGCCGGAUUGGCGUUACAACGUGCUGUCGGCGAACGAAGCGUACAUAGACGCGAAGGAAACGCCGCCACGGGACCCUCUCGCGGCCAGUUACCCGCGGCGCGCUGAUCGCACUCGACCCGCCCACACAUGCCCCUACACCACUAUAUUCCUAGGAACUCGCUCGCACCAAACUCCUCACCGCUUGCAAACUCGACAGAGCGAUGCGGGUGACCCGUACGCAGACGCCUACUCCGUGGACCGUUCCUCUAAUCUCACCGACACUUCGAGCUUUGCCCACUACGAAGACUGCCGGCCGCAGUUAGAAGGCGUAGCUAAAGAUGUAGAUGACACAUAUGCUGGAGAAAUAUUAACAGACGGAAAAGUGACACUGCAGGUGCAAAAGGUGCCAUACACUUCGAGCGUAUUUUAUGUGUCGGCAAGGACAGCUGCAAAAACAAAAGAUGUAGAAGGCAAUGAUUUGUUUGUAGUAGAAGGGUCGGAUUCCGAUGCGUUGUCGUCUUGCACUUGUGACAGCUUUGAGCGAUGCGAAUUUGACUGCCGGGAUUUUGAGCCAUUUUCCGACACAUGUUGUUGCGACCCACUCAGUGAUGAAGUUUGUAGUCGCAGCCCUAAAGAUGUUGAGUCGCCUGAAAACUUUUGUGACCGCGUGGCCGAGGAAGACAGGGUUUCAGUUCGCAGCGACAUGGAUGGACUCGAUCUAGCUCUGUUCGAACCGGCGGCAACCGACUGCCUCGAUUACGAAAUUGACCCUCCGGUACUUAAAAGCGCACCGAUACCGACUGCGCUCUGUGGAGUACUGUACGCGCUUCCGCACACUAGCAACGACACUGCUCCGAGCGCAGGCAGCGGCGCCGUUGUGGGUGUACCGCCGUCAUGGGAGCCCUUCUACUGCGUGCUCCAGCAGGACAGACGGGUCCUCACCGCCUACACUAGCGAGGAGCUUGCUUCCUUUCCGGGUUUCUAUUUGGACUACAAGGCAAACAACAACAACAACAAUAAUAAUAACAACGCAGAGUACACAAGAAGUUUGCCUCGAGUCCGGCUCGAUGGCGGUGGUCAAGUUGCAAACGGUAACGCUGCGUCGCGACUUCGGUGCUGGGCUGCACCACCCUCCAUCACCGAGGAGGAAGCUGAAGACGAAAUCGAGGAAGACGCUAUCUCGUUGAGAGCGUUGCCUGUGCAAGAUACAUCAUACGAGAAAGCAUGUCGGCGCGGCUCGGCGCCCAGCACGCCCGUGCCGGGGGCGCAGGCCCAGCACAGCCCCUCGCGGCUCGCAUCUUUCUUCUUCUCGAAGCGCUCCUUCCGCAACAACCCACUCAAGCGGACCAAGUCGGCCACCAAGCUGGAGCGCGACCGCGCGCUGCAAGCUCCGCCCACGCACCCGCCCUCGCAUGCUUUGAGGACUUCCAGAUCGCACGAGAGUUUACUAUCGGCGCACUCCCCUGCAGUUUCCACCAUGGAUUUGGGACCGCCAAAUCAGGUGGAAAUACGUGCAUUGCACUCGUCGGUGCUAGGCCGGCCGCAUUGCUUCGCCCUAAGCGCUGAGAAUCGCGCUCCUCGAUAUUUCGCUUGCGCCUCGAGAAAGGAACGUGACCGUUGGAUUUACAGUCUGCGGCAGGCCGCGCGGCCCGCCGAGAUGCGCACGCGGCGCUGCGAGCGCUCGGUGAAACUGUGGCUGCUCGAGGCCAAGGCGAUCCCGCCCAAGAAGCGCUACUACUGCGAGAUAUUGCUCGACGACACGCUUUACGCGAGAUCAUCGUCGAAAUUGAAGUCGGAGCUGUGCUUCUGGGGCGAGGUGUACGAGUUCACCGGGCUCCAGGCGGUGCGCGCGAUCAACGUCAACGUGUACAGGGAGCCCGAGCGGCGCAGUCGCAAGCGAGACAAACACGCGCUUGUCGGCACAGUCCGCAUCCCGGUCGACGACGUAUCCUCCCGAUACCUCAACGAGCGUUGGUACCCUCUCUCCGGGGGGGACAAGCCCCAGUCGCCGGGGGGCCGCGCCCCGCCGCCCCCCGCGCCCGCGCUCCGCAUCAAGUGCCGCUACCAGAGCGUGGACGUGCUCCCGCUGGACCACUACGCCAGGUUCCUGGACUAUCUCAAGAGGAAUUACAAGAGGCUAUGCGAAUAUCUGGAACCGCAUAUUGGCGUAAAGGCUAAAGAGGACAUUGGUUGCGCAUUGGUCCUGUGCAUGGCCGGCGCGGGCCUGGCGCCCCGCUAUUUGGCCGACGUGGUAGCCCUGGACGUCCGCAGGACGGGCGACCAUUCCCUCACUUUUAGAGGCAACUCGCUGGCUACCAAGAGUAUGGAGGCGUAUUUGAAACUCGUCGGCGAUCAAUAUCUACAGGACACACUGAGCGAAGCGGUGGCUGCGGCCGCCGGUCCCGGCGCGGCCGAAUGCGAAGUUGACCCCUUGCGUGCCGGCAGCGGCGCAGCCCUGCGUCGGCAACAAACCGCUCUCAGGGACGCGGUCACCCUAGCCUGGAGGGCCAUAGCUGGCUCCGCGCCACGGUUCCCCCCACCGCUCAGGGACUGUUUCGCCACCUUUCGCGAGAGACUGAUUGCGAUGGGCCGUGAGGACAUUUCGGACAACUUGAUAAGUGCGUCCAUAUUCCUCCGCUUCCUCUGCCCUGCAAUUCUGUCUCCAAGUCUAUUUGGGAUUACUCACGAGUACCCGAAUGAGCGAGCCGCCCGCAACCUGACACUAGUUGCCAAGACCCUGCAGACACUGGCGAACUUCACGCGGUUCCAGGGCAAGGAGGCUUUCAUGGAGUUCCUCAAUGACUUCCUUGAACAAGAGGCGCCUAAUAUGAAGGCGUUCCUUAGAGCUAUUUCGAUGCGUCCUCAAGAGCAAGCGCAGGAGGGCAGCAACCGCAACUCCUCGGCGUCGCAGAGCUCCGUGGAAGCGGUGGAGGCGGACCCCGAGUGGGCGCCGCACGUGGACUUGGGCAAGCAACUGGCGACUUUGCACGCGCUGCUGGUCGACAGCCUGCCUAAACUGCCUGGCGGGAGGACUCAGGAACUGGAGCCAUUGCAAGACAUCCUGGACGAGCUGAGCAAGCGGCUCGCGAGCAGUGACAACGGCGUGACGCCGCACGUCGCCGACAACAUCUUCCGGUUCAACGACCCCACCUGCACCACUCCCACCAACAAGCCCGUCGAGCCCUCCAGCGGCCAGAACAACUUCGCUCACAGCUCCCCUAUAAUGCCCAAGAGCGGCGUGCAGUUCAACAUAAGCCCUUCCAAAUCUAACGCCGAGGAUUCUAAGUACAAAGGCGCGUACGCCGGCGGCAUGAAAUCCCCCGCCAACCUCCGCUCUGCCACCCUCCCCAGAAAUGUUUACGCCUCUAGCCCCGUUCAAAACGUCAACCCUGACCGCUACAGCUCGCAGUACAACAACCAGGAACAUUGCGUCAACCUUAAAGUCGUCCAGAUAGGAUUCGGCUCCGACCAGUACCCCAAAGGCAUGACGAAUAAUGGCGUCGGCGAGAGCCUCGAGCGCCGCAUGCAGGGCUACAAACCUAGCAACUAUCAAUCCACUCACUUCCACAACGCCAACUACAACGGCACCGAGCGUUCGCCCAGCUCCGACAACAUUAACCACAAUUAUUGCUCCAAUGACAUGCAAAAUCUCAUGAGGGACACGGCCACUCUCGAAGAGUUAUCAGACUUAUUAAAAUACGCCGACGAUUCUGAUAUCGUCGACGAGAAACUUAUUAUGAACAAGAAGACAUUGUCACAAACCCAGUCGAAUAACAAUAACAAUAUUGUCGUUAAUGGGAAUAAGGGUUAUGCUAAUAACGGAUCGAACGUUUCUAUCAGCGGGCUGUCGAACGUCGCCAGCUCUGGGUAUCAAAGCAUAGCGACCUACAGCCAAAGUUCUAGUCCCGUAGAAAACGCCGCCCAUCACCAUCCACCUUACGAGAACGGCGGCCAGCCAAUGAGCCGGUAUUCGCAACUUAACUACCAGAAGCAGAGGGACAAGCACUUCUACGACAACAAGAACGACAAGUUUUACCCAAAAAGCCAAGUGCAACAAAAAAUUGAGUACGACAUCCAAAAAUACGGCAUACAAAACUUUACAAUGCCCGACACCGCGCAGACCAACACGAGCGCGAACUCGAAAAUGGCUCCGCUCGUGUUUACAAAUCCCGUCUACAACAUGGAGGACAGCCGUCAGACUCCGGAGAAGAAGAAAACCAAUGAGAACAGGAAUUCCAAGCGAUGUCCCUGUGGCUCGUCCAGUUCAUCGAUAGAUGAGGAGGUUCUGAGCACGGACAACGUGGAAACUAACUCCGAGGAGGGUUCUACAAACUUCAACGACGAAGGUAGAAGCUACGAUCAGCAGAACCGCAACAAUACCCACCGAAAGAUAACCAGAGAUUGUAAUUACGAAGACGUAUACCAAAGGAGCAACCACAGUCACUCGCCGCGCGUGCGCGACGACGAGUCCUCCAGCAACUCGCCGAGCCUGCGCAAGAGCAGCAAGACGCGCAUGCCGCGCACCAAUCCCAUGCUCUCCUACUCCACUAAUCAAAACCCGCCGAACUACAAGCAUUUCGGUCAGCGCGGCGAGUCACUCUAUGAGAGCAAGCCUCAUCACAUCUCCACCGAGGGCGGCUACCCCAUGAGCCGCUCCGAGUCCAAUGUCGAAGAAGUCAACAAGGAGAUGUACCGAUUACAGAUCUCACGGAGUCAGAAGGCUUUGAGCAAUAUGGACAAUUUGAAGGUGUCUCCAGAGAAAUAUUCCCUCGGCGACGCCGGGUCCGAAACGAAUUAUCCCCUAGAUCGCGCAUAUUCAGCGGCUAAGAUGUCGAGCAGUCGGGUAAACGAGGACCUGGACAGGCACCAGGAGUAUUACCAGAGGCGGGAAUCGCCUUCCCGAAUGGUGUUUAGUCGAGAGUCUCACUCGAGCGAGGCGAGCGAGCGCGCCGGACGCGAGGCGAGGGAGACGCCGCGAGACCCCCGCGAGGCCCGCGAGCCGGCCAGAGAGAAGCUGCAGAGGCGGCUGAGCCUGGAGUCGGCGCGGGAGCUCACGGACAGCUCCGACGACCUGGAAGACACGCUCUACAGCACCACCGGCCGCCGCCGCAACAAGCAUCACAGGACCAUCGAACAGUACGAGCGAGAGAUCGACCGGCUAAAGAACUCCGUGGAUCUGCUGCGCGGGAGGCUGGGCCCCGCCGAGCCCGGCCAGGACACUUCCGACACCAAGAUGAAAGCUAUUAUCACCAGGUUGAUCAGUGUUGAGGACGAGCUGCGGCGCGAGCAGCGCAAGAUGGCGGCCGCGCUGUCGCACAAGCAGCGCGUGAUCGAGGCGCAGGAGCACCGCAUCGCCGCGCUCGACGAGGCCAACACGCGCCUGCUGUCCGCGCUCGUGCACCUGCAGCAGCGAGCGCCGCACCCCGCGCACCAGCACAACCACCAGGAGCUACAAAUAUAAUCACAUCACUUAGUAACGUGUAUACUGUACAGUCUCAUUACUUGCAUGCCACUCGGUGACUAGCCUAUCGACAGUGUAUAUUAUGUCAGAGAAGGACAUUAACAUUCAUUCACCAUAGCGCGUUGCGUUGAAUUCUAUCAGCUUUUUAAAAUAUAGAACUUCAUUCGAUAUCUUCACAAAAAUCCGUUUUAAGACACAAGUUCAUUUAAGAAUUUAAAUUGGUUUUUAAAUUAUUCAAUAAUCUUACAUGGAUACAUGCAGUCUAUAAAAUGAUUUUACUGUAAAGAAUGUUACCAGAAUGGAAUACAAUACGUUACUAAAAACAUACCUUUAUUGGCUGUAUGACUACUUAUCAACUUCAAUUAAUCGACUGUUAAUACAUGAUGGUCAAGUGAAAAGGUAGUUUUUAAUUAUGUGUCUAUAAACAUUAAUCGUACUAGUCUAAAUGUUUUAAAUGUCUUUUAUAGAUAUAGGGCUCGGAUUUAAAAUGAUGGAUACCUAUAUUUAUUUGUUUAAUCCACCGAAUUACUUGAAAUGAACUGAGAACCAUCAUAAAUUGCUAAUUGACUGUUGAAGUUGAUAAAUAUCUAAACAAUUUUAAAUUGAGUGAAUGUUUUACAUACCUAUACAUAUUUAACCAGAUUUAAUUCAGUAAUCCUGGUUCACCUAUAAUAGUAAUAGUAACUUCGCAUCGGUAUACGUUUCCUUGUCCGUACGUAUUGUAAAUGUUCGGUCGAGUUGUUGAGUACGCUGUCGUGACGGUGUGAGUUAACAUGUUAACAAAUAUAAGCCUAGAGGCAUUAUUCUUAUCAUUAUUAUUAUUUAUACAUAUAUGUAUAUAUAUAUUCUAUAUUUUAAACCUUUGUUGUAAGCUUCGUGCACAAACCGUUCCACUGUCCGUCUUGUUUUACAUCUGAUAUUUUAUGGUUUUUUAAUUUUAUAUUUUAUUAAAUUUUAAUAUGAAUGUAAUGUUGCACAAUUUAAAGACGAACAUAGCGUAAUAUUGGUAUGCUAAGUUCAUUUUUCCACCGACUAUGAAGGCCUAAAUAAAAUAGUUGGUAAGGUUUUAUACCUAAAAUAACAACAUUACCUACAGCAGUUUCAUAGCCGGUGGAAGAAUGGCCUUGUCGCGCUAUCUAUAAUUAUUCGGCUGCCGAUAUACCUAGGGAUUGUCUAAUGAGGUCAAUUGAUUUAUAAUUAGAUCCCUGGAUCAAUAAUCACGGUUCGUUUUGCCAUUAUCAUUUUACAUUGUUAUAAGUUGUUUCAUUAGGUUUAGUUAAGAGAUGCUUUAAUGACAUUAUCAUUUGAUUUCGUAUCAGUAUUCUUCUCAGCCGGUUAGAUGUUCUAUCUGCGACCUGUUAUGUUUUGUUCUGCAACAUUGAUACCAAAGAAGAUUGAAUAUCCGUAAGCGUUCUAUUAUACCUAUCGUUGUAGUCAUCUACCUACUACAAUUGUAGCAAUAGUGUUGUAUUUACAAUAAAACGUUAUUUUUAUUAUUUUAAAUUACCCUAGUUUAAAGACUUGUAUCAUAAUAUUUUCUAGAUAGUAAGCAUAUAGUAAGUAUAUAUUGUGUAGAUGGCAUAUACAAUUAGUAAAUAAAGAAAUAUUUUAUAAUACCUUCGGAGUAUUAUAAUACGACCAUGACAUGGUAAGAUUUUUUCAUAAAGUAAAUAUUCAUUGUAAAUGAAUUUAAAAUCACCAAUAUGAUGAAAUCAAUUUUGAAUUAUAUAGUUUCGAAGGGGUCUCAUUCAGCGGUACAAAGGUCUACUAUCCACACAAAUAGUAUCUGUAUCUGUUACUUGCGUAUUCUACGUGGAGAAUCGCCUAUGGGCUGCGCGAGCCAACCUAGUUGCUCUCCAGUGAACGUCAAUGUUAAGCAGUUUAUCUUAAUAACAUUAAAUUAUGAAUACGUAAUCAAUCAAUGUUAUUUUUAAAUAAUUAUGUCUGACUUAAAAUAAAUUACCUACCUACACUGGAAACUGUCGUGUUUAUGAUGUUUUUCUUUGUGUCUAGUAAUAAAAGAAACAA